GCAGGCGCAGUGGAUCGCGGCUGUGAGCUGAGGUGGACUUCUUUUCCUCUGUCUGUUUGGAAGAAGCGGUUCAGGAGCCGGAGCUCAGCGAUAAAGAAACGUGUCAGACAGCCGCUUGGAAGCCACGAUGAUCCGGAUAACUGCCUUCCUGGCCCUGCUGGUGGUCGCCUGCUCGGGAGAGAGCUGCACCGACCCAGUGAUCUUCCCCUCGGCCUACACCACCUCUGACGCCGUCAUCUCCUCAGAGUCUGUGUUCAUCGUUGAACUCAGCCUGACUUGUGGCAACGGAGCUCAGAGUGUGACUCUGUAUGCUGAUGUCAAUGGAAGACAGUUCCCUGUGACCAGAGGCCAGGAUGUCGGAAAGUACCAGGUGUCCUGGAGCAUGCCUCACAAACAGGCCAGCUCUGGAACUUAUCCGGUCAAAUUCUUUGACGAGGAGUCCUACAGUGCCCUGCGCAAGGCCCAGAGAAACGACGAAGACGUAAAUGCCAUUCAGCCUCUGUUCUCCAUCAACAUUGACCACAGGGGUGCGUGGAACGGCCCAUGGGUGGCCACUGAGGUGGUGGCUGGCCUCAUCGGUAUCUUGUUUUACUACAUGGCCUUCAGUGCCAAGAACACCAUCCAAGCAUAACGGGACCCGCAGUCACUGGGUGUUUAAAGACUGAAUUGUGGAGGAUCAAUGAUUCAUCAUCCAGUGUUGUGGCGAGCCGGAAGGAGUUUGCCACUUGAAUUUGCGUCGGGAUGAGGAAUAAGAGGAGCGGUCUUUGUGUUGUUUUAUUCAGACUGUGUCUGUAUGCCAUCUGUCUUGUGACUUAACAGUUUUUGCAGGAGUUUGUCCUGUCAGUAUGGAUGGAAUUUUGUAAUUUUUCGGGGCUUAAAUUCAAACUAAUAAACUUGGACCACGUGAACAAAUACAACAAA